AUGCUGGUGGUGUGGGCGUCGGUGGCGAAGUCCCACGCCCACCAGGACGCCAACGUGUGCCAGCAGAAGUACAACAGAACCGCGGACCAGAUCUGCGAGAGCAUGGACCUGCGGAACAACAUCAGCGCCCUGGAGAAGCUGUGCCUCUGCCGCGUCAUCGACGGCCACCUCCACUUCGUCCUCCAGGAGCAGCGGGACAACGCCUCCAUCGCCCGCCUGAGCCAGUACUCCUUCCCCGGCCUGAGGGAGAUCACGCACCACCUCCUGGUGUACCGCGUCUUCAACCUCACGUCCCUCAGGAGGCUCUUCCCCAACCUCGCCGUCAUCAGGGGCGACGUCCUGUUCCACAACUACGCGCUCGUGAUCUACGACGUGCCGAAUCUGCGGGAGGUCGGCCUCGUCUCGCUCACCGUCAUCCUCAGAGGCUCCGUGCGCAUCGAGCGCAACCCGCGGCUGUGCUUCGUCCACACCGUGGACUGGGAGCACAUCACCGCCAACCGCCUCGCCGAGAACUACAUCAACCGUAACCGCCCGCAGCGCGAGUGCCCGGAGUGCCCGCCCGCCCUCGGCUGCUUCCGCUCCAGGCGAUGCGGGGCGCCGCGCUGCUGGGGGCCGCGCCACUGCCAGACGCUGUGCGGAAGCGAGUGCCCCGGAGGCUGUGUGGGAAGCCAGUGUUGCCACGAGGAGUGCCUCGGCGGCUGCCAACGCCCGCACUCCGCCACCAGCUGCCACGCCUGCAGGAACCUGCUCGACGAAGGGCGCUGCACCCAGUCCUGCUCGAGCCCUAAGUUCAAAGUCCUGCAGCACAGGUGCGAGGAGAGGAGCUUCUGCCGGAGGAACUACAUCAUCAAGCUGGACACGAAGGAGUGCGUGAAGCGGUGCCCUUUGGGCUACAACGUGAGCAGCAACUCGGCGGGAGAGAGCCUCUGCGUCCCGUGCGAAGGCUCCGUGUGUCCGAAGGAGUGCGGCGCCGCCGUCGUGAAGAGCGUGAGCCGCGCCCAGGCGUUGCGGGGCUGCACCGUCAUCAGGGGGGACCUCACCGUCAACAUCAACGGCGGCGAGAACAUCGAGCGCGAACUCGAGGAGAACCUGAGCAGCAUCGAGGAGGUCACCGGCUUCGUGAAGGUCUUCCGCUCCAACGUGACGUCACUCGACUUCCUCAGGAACCUCACCAGGAUCGGAGGCGACUCGCUCCUGCACAGCAACUACUCGCUGGUGAUCCUGGACAACCCGCACUUGCGGGCGCUGUGGAACUGGACGGGGCGCGAGCGGCGCCUCGCCGUCGAGCGCGGCAAGAUGUUCGUGCAUUCGAACCCGCGGCUCUGCUUCCACCACAUCGAGGCGCUCGUCAACGCCACCAACAUGACGGGCCUUUCGGAGACCGACGUUUCCUCCACCUACAACGGGGACAAAGUGCCAUGCAAGGUGACGCCCCUGGAGGCGCGAGUGACGCCGCACCUGUACGGCACGCUGCUGGUGGAGGUGGCCACGUCGGCGCGGCUUCCCCCCGAGGCCGUCUACUACGUCAACUACAAGAAGGCGGAGAAGAACAUCUCGCUGUACGAGGGCGACAGGCCCUGCAGCGACCAGGGGUGGUCGACGAUGGAGGUGGGUCCGGGCAACGGGACGUCGCUCGCCCAGAGGAAGGACCUGAUCAUCGUCAACCUGGAGCCGUUCACCCGCUACGCCGUGUACGUGAAGGCCUACUCGCUCGCGUCCAGCGGCAAGGGCGCGCAGUCCGACGUCCUGUACGCCGUCACGAGGCCCUACCACCCGACCGAGCCCGUGGGCCUCGAGUGGGUCUCGAGGAACAGCUCGACGGUCGCCCUGGAGUGGCACCCGCCCCGGAGGCCCAACGGGAGGGUCGCCCACUACCUCGUCUCGCUGCAGCUCCUGCCGGACACGCCCAGGAUCCCCCCGAACCUCCACUUCUGCAGGCCGGAGACCCGCGAGUACAUCGACGGCAAGAUGCUGGCGCUGGCGGAGGCCGAGAAGGUCAGCCUCGCCAGGAGGAAGACGCCGGCGACGAAGGAGGACGUGCGCGACGAGGGGGCCAAGGGCGGGUCCGAGGGUGGCGAGGAGUCGUGCCAGGCGCCGCCCACGCCCUCCUGCUGCGCCUGUCGGGACGCAGGCGUAGGCGGCAGCGAGGACCAGGAGGUGAUGGGGCAGAUCGCCUUCGAGGAUUUCAUCAUGGAUAAUGUCUACGUCAAGAAGGUCAACAGGUCAAGGAGGACCCGAGCAGCGGACGACGACGACGACGCCGCCUUCGGCUCGGCGCUGUGGCUGUACCAGCAGGAGCAGCGGGGCGAGCGGGACGCGCCGUCGAGGGCCCCCCGGAGAGCCGCGCCCGCGGACGACCCCCUCUUCGCCUGGGAGAAGGCGGCCUCGGCGCCCUCGGGGCCGCCCUCUCGCCCAGGACGGCCGCCCUCCCCGGCCCUCCAUCCGGGCACUGCGGGCAGGGAAUUCCCGCUCCACGAGGGCCACUCCGUCAAGGAGUUCCCGUCGCAUCUUGGCAUCAGGCCCAAGUACCAGAUUCACGAGGAGAACCUCACGAAGUACACUGUCAUGGAGGGUUCCGUGGUCAUCCGCCAGGAGCUCCUGACGCAGGCCCCGCGGGCGACCCUGCACCACCUCCGCCACUACUCCCUGUACUCCGUCAGCGUCGUCGCCUGCCACGCCCCCGUCACGAGGAAGCGGAGCGUCGGGGGGCGGCUGGUCGACGUGGCGCUGAAGCUGUGCUCGCCCAUCCCGGCCAGCCUCGCCGUGCACACCGGGAGCAGCGACACAGCGGACGAGGUGCCCGAGGGGAGCCUCCGGGCGGCGCCGCAGAACACCUCCCGCGGCGCCGUCACCUUCUCGUGGGCGCCUCCCGAGGACCCCAACGGCGGCGUGGUCGCCUACAUCAUCAAGCUGCGAGGCAGCUUGUCGACGGAGCGAUGCGUCAGCGGCCAGCAGUUCGAGGCGCAGGGCAGGAAGUACGACCUGCGUGACCUCUCUCCGGGGAACUACUCCGUGUGGGUCAAGGUUAGGUCGAAGGCGAGGUACGGGAACUUCUCGCCGCCGGUGUCCUUCGUCAUCGCUGACGACCCCCUCUCGACGGACUUCUCCCUGGCGCUCACCUCGUCGCUGCUGGGCGUGGCGGGCGCCGUGCUGGCCGCCGUCGCCUGCUCCUGCUGGAGGCGAUGCCGGGGGCGCCGCGCCAUCCCGGACACCGUCGAGAAGGUCGACUUCAACCCCUACUAUAGAGAGGGCUUCGCCCCGGCCGAGAUGUUCCGCGAGGAGUUCCUGUUCUGGCGCGACGACCUGCGCGUGCGGCUGGACCGGCCGCUCGGCCACGGCUUCUUCGGGAUGGUGUUCCUGGGCGAGCUGGCGCGCGGCGGCGCCGAGACGCGCGUGGCGGUCAAGACGCACGGCGAGGCGGCGUCGGCGGACGAGAUCCUGCAGUUCCUCAAGGAGGCCGCGCUCAUGCAGAACAUCAACUGCCACCACGUGGUCCGCCUCCUGGGCGUCGUGGGGGACUACGCGCCCGUGUACGUGGUGAUGGAGCUGAUGGAAGAGGGCGACCUCAGGUCCUUCCUCAAGAGGCGCUCCAUCCCGCACUUCCAGCUGGUUGAGAUGGCAGUGCAGGCUCUCUCCUCUCUCUCUCUCCUCUCUCUCUCUCUCUCUCUCUCUCUCUCUCUCUCUCUCCUCUCUCUCUCUCUCUCUCUCUCUCUCUCUCUCUCUCUCUCUCUCUCCUCUCUCUCUCUCUCUCUGUUCCGCCCCGCAGAAGGCCAGGGCAUCCUGCCGGUGAAGUGGAUGGCGCCCGAGAGCCUGCAGUUCAGCGUGUACAGCACCCAGAGCGACGUGUGGAGCUACGGCGUCCUCCUGUGGGAGAUGGCCACCAGGGGCCUCACGCCCUACAAGAACCGCACCAACGACGAGGUGAUCCGCCUGGUGGUGGAGAAGUACGCCACCCUGGGGCGCCCCAGGGACUGCCCGGCGCCGCUGCAGAGGGUCAUGGGGCGCUGCUGGCGCUACGAGGCCAGGGAGAGGCCCAGCUUCCUCGCCAUCACCAAGUUCCUCCUCAGGCACACGUCGCCGGAGUUCCAUCAGCGCUUCGAGCAGGUGUCCUUCUACCACAGCCGAGCCAGCGACUACUCCAGGUACCAGAGGAGCGAGACCUGUGGCUUCAUGUCAGCGCGAGAGAGCGACGACGAGGAUUCGGACGACCUGACCUUGCACGCCUCCUCGGACCUCGACGACAACGGAGCGGCAGAGAAGGAUCCGUGCCAUCGCAGGAGCCCCGACGGGAGUCCCAGAGCAAGGGAGAGUGAGAGGAAAGGGCGCAGGGGCGACGGAGGCGAGGCGAGGGCGCGGCGUGGCACCGCGGGGGCGGCAGAGGGACGGGGAGCGUUCGGGGGCCACAAGUACAUGAACUUCAGCUCCGACGACCUGCGUCUGACCACGUCCAGGCUGCUCGGGCGAAGGACCCAGACGCCCGGCGGCCUCGCGGACAGGGCUCUGCCGCAGCGCGCCCGUCUGCCCACGCUGGUGAUCCCGCAGGAGGACGAGGAGCUGCGCUACGCCCAGCUGCAGCUCCGGACGCCGAGCACGCCGGGCAGCGGGACCCUCACUCCGGCCAGCAACCCCAAGUCGCCCGCCAGCACUCCACAGACGCCGGGACUCCUGUCGCCUACGCCCCAGAUCCCCUGCACGCCCGCUUCGCCCGCCCUCUCCCCCGCUCCGCACCACAGCCUCAGCCCAGGACCCUCGCCGCAUUCAGAACCCAGCCCGUCCCACGUCAUCCUCAAACCCAGGGACUCUAAGACAGCCCUGGCAACACAGCGCUCCUACUCGAACCUCCCUGCUUUUGGCUUGAGCCUCGAGGCCAGCAGGAAAGCCUUCACCUCCUUCCGAGCGACUGGAAGAGAGGGCCUGGCGGCUCGUGCAAAUCGACGGCCGGAGAGCGCGUCGGUCGGCGCUCUUCCGGCCACCGACGUGGCCGCGAGGCCGGCGCUGACGUCAUCCACCAUCAGCGCCCCCGCCACGCCUGUCGUCAGGCAGCGCAGUGGUGCUGCCUCUCUCGAUGCGGCUGCGACAGCUGCUCCUUGUCCUGCCGGGCGAAAUGACCCCCACAGACGGGGAAAUGUCCCCAUUCUCAGGAAUUCCCGUUCAUUCCAGCAUUCCGUUGAUGAAAGACACAAAGCUAAGAGGGACAAGCAGACGCCAGAGUCUAGUGGUACAGCGAGAGGGGGAGGGGAGUGCCUGCUGGAGGACGACGACGACUCAGAUAGUUCACUGAGAAGCUUGCACGAGGUUUUUGUGACUGUGACUCUCCCAAGAGUGCGUCGUAAAGGCAUAGAUUUCCAUGAGCAGGCACGAGAAGGGUAUUCUUUAGAAGAUAUCGAGUUGUUGUGAACUAUGAUUUCCUCAUCUGCUCGGUUAAUUCUUACAGUUGAAAAAAUUCAUGAAUGACAUUUUGAAAUACAUCAAAUAAUUUAUUUU